AUGGGUCAAAGUAAAAAUAAAACUAUUCUACAUGCGGAUAUAAAUGAUUUGAGAAAUAAGAGAUCAAGGAAAAAUGGUGGUAGGAAAUAUAAGAAACAACGUACUUUGUUAGAAUUCGAUAUACCUACAGCUCCAUCGUUACGUAUCAAGAGUGCCAAGAAAUGUGAGCUUGUAUUGAGUAGGAGUCAAAGUGAUACUAUAGAGUUGGAUACUACUAGUAGUUUAGAUCCAAUCAUUAUUGACGAUAAUUUCCAAGAAACUGUAGAUCAAGUUGAAAGGGUAAAUAAUGAACAACGAGAAGAUGUAGAGAUAAUAGUGGAGGAAGAGGUUGUGCAUGAGGAGAUUGUGCAUAAAGAGAUUGUGGAUGAACAGGAAUUGAUAGAAUUGUGUAACGAAACAGUAGAGUUAUCUAAUGAAACAAUAGAAUUAGAAGCUAGUACUUUAAGCCACCCAGCGAUCACAUGCCCUAUUUGCAAUAAAGAUAUAUCAGAGUUACAAAUUUUUGAAAGAGAAACUCAUGCAGAAUUAUGUCUUGAAGAAAUCACCCAGAUCAAAUUGAAACCCAAAUCACAGCCCAAGUUGCAGUCCAAGUUGCAGCCCAAGUUGCAGCCCAAGUUGCAGCCCAAGUUGCAGCCCAAAUCACAAACUAAUAUAUCAAACAAAUCUAUAAAACCUAUACCCAAAACACGCAUUGCAAAACCACGUCAACCUUUACCAGCAAUCAAAAUAUUAACGUUUACCAAAGAAAUGUCUAAUUAUCAAAUUGUUGUUGACGGAUUUAAUUAUUCAAUCAAUUCUAAUAUCAAGCAAUAUUUUCUUUCACAUUUUCAUUCAGAUCAUUAUAUAGGAAUGAAAAAAUCAUGGCGGAAUGGAGUUGUAUAUUGUUCACAAAUUACAGCCAAUUUACUUCGAAAUAAAUUUAAUAUACCUAUAACAAAUUAUGAUUAUGAUGAAAUGGAACGUAGUGAAGAAGAAGCUAAGGAGGAUGUUAUGGAAAUUGUAGAAUUACCGAUGAAUAGACCAUAUUGGAUCAAUAAGAACAUAUCUGUAAUAUUAAUAGAUGCAAACCAUUGCCCCGGAGCUGUUAUAUUCUUGUUUCAACAGUAUAGUGAUGAUCUUACAAGAAUCGAAUACCAAAUCUUACAUACUGGAGAUUUCCGAUAUUCAAAUGAGAUGGAAUUGAAUAUUUUAAAAUAUUUACCAGAUUAUAAUAAAAAGAUUGAUGAGAUAUAUUUGGAUACCACUUACAUAUCACCGAUGUACAAUUUCCCCUUACAACAAAACGUAUUACAAGUGACAAGCCAAUUCAUUUCUCUAUAUAGGGACCAAAACAAAAGGGAAAUGUUUAAUGAUAAACAAAUGAAAUUAUCGAUGGUAGUGAAUGAUUUUCAAUUUAACAAGAUUUUUUUAAUUGGAUCAUAUAGUAUCGGUAAAGAACGAUUAUCUAUUGCCAUUGCACAACGAUUACAAACCAAGAUAUAUACAUCAGAUAAAAGGAAAUUCGAAGUAAUGCAAAUGACAGAGAUUUUCCCCGCUGGGUUAUUGAGUGAGGAUCUUGAAGAAUGCCAAGUUCAUAUUGUAUCGAUGAAUACCCUACGAGAUUCCACUAGUGUUGAUCAAUAUGUAAAAGAGAUUAAUCUUCGAUCGGAUAAAAAAUUGAUAGCUAAUGAAGUUGUGGGGAUCAUCCCGACUGGAUGGACUUUCCAUAAUCGAUGGGCUCCAGAAAGAACAUUUAACAAUAUCAAUGAACGUAUUGAAUAUUGUCGAGAUGUACUAACACAAGAUGAGAUGGAUGGAUUUAGUAUUGAUUCAUUGUAUAAACAAUACAAAAGUAUGAAAAAAUAUCAAAUCUUUAAAGUUCCGUAUAGUGAGCAUAGUAGUUUUAAAGAUUUGAUGAAGGCUUGUGUGGGACUUGACUGGGGGGUUAUUAAACCUACCGUUAAUUUGGAUAAAAUUGAAGAAAUGAAUCGAUGGUUUGAAACGGCAAGAACAAUAGGAUUCGGGGAAGAAAGCGAGGAAAGAAAAUAUUGA